UUUUCAAAAUGUCAAAUGAAUCGAAAUCAAUUUUAUGUUUUUUCCUAUCAUGAAUUCAUAAUAACAUUGAAAAUUAGCCGAUCAGCACCUACACACUGCUUGCACUGACAAUAACAAACACUUUACUGUGUUAAACGCGAAAGUGAAGAAGUGCCGGAAGAAUGGUACAAAUGAUAAAACCACAAGAUUUCUAUGAGUGUUAGGGUUGCGACCCGGGGUUUGCGAGUGGCUACGACCAAUAUUUACAGAAAGAUGUCUUUUGGGGAAUCGCCUGCUAAGGCCUCUAUGUGCUGUAAAGAGGAGGUUGGGGGUGCUCCCCCGACCUUUGCGAUGUACGAGGCCCUGAAGGACUCCUGCCAGAACAACGCCACAUACUUCCAGCCAGACGACACAGAGAAUGGGCAGCGACUGUACCAGGGGUUCAUGACUCUGAUAGACCACAUAGACACAGUUUGGCCUCUUGUAGACCAUGUGCGCAAGGUGGCUCCACUAUAUGACUUAGAUGCUGUAUCACCAGGCAAUGGCUACCGCAGCUUUGUGUCAGUAGUGGACUCCUGUGUGCUGCACGGUCUGAAGCUGAGUCGGCAAGUGUGCACCGGCAGAGAUACACUGCUAUUUAGAAAAGGAUAUUUUGUCAGAGAGGUAGAAUCCUGUGGGCAACUCCUGGCAUCCCUCGGCACCUGCCUACACCACCUGCACACACUGCUCACCUGGGCCCCGCCCGGGGAACUGUUUCCUUCAGAGAACCACACUCCAGAGGAACUGUUUGCUACGGCCGACACUAUCAACCAGUACUGCUUCUAUGGACGGUGUCUGGGGUUCCAGUUCCUGCCCUCAAUGCGGGGCAUCCUCAAGGGCAUAUCCAUAUGCAUGGCGGGUUUCUCCGAGGCGUACUACAGCCACGGGAACCUCAUCAGCUCGGUGUGGACCGGCGGCCAGUACCUGUUAGACCCGGAGCUGCGGGCAAGACGGAUAGUGAACAUCUCGCAGUCGGCCAGUGUCGACUUUUGUAAGGCGUUUUGGUUCCUUGCUGAGAGCGAAAUAAUGAAACGCGUGCCUUCCCUAAUGUCGUCCACCGUGGCCGUGAACCGAGUGAUCACGAUCCCGCCGGAGCCGGUCACCGUGUCGACGUUGGCGGGCGAGUCGCUGACCGUAUCGCCGCCGACCGUGCACAUCGGACUGCAGAGCUUGAACUUGCGGCUUAUUAGUGUCACUAAGAGGACUGGCAUGGACAGCGAAGCAACAGCCCCACCGGCAGACGGCAUAGUGUUCCACUGCCACGGCGGCGGCUUCGUGGCACAGAGCUCUAAGUCUCACGAGAUGUACCUACGAGACUGGGCGGCCAAACUCAACGUGCCUAUACUGAGUGUGGACUAUAGUUUGGCGCCGCAAGCGCCGUUUCCAAGGGCUUUGGAAGAGGUUUUCUAUGCGUAUUGCUGGAUGCUGAAUAAUUUUAAGGAGCUUGGGACUACGGGCAAACGCAUAGUAUUCGCGGGCGACUCGGCCGGCGCGAACCUCAUCGCCGGCUGCACGCUCAAGCUCAUGGAGGCCAACCUGCGGCAGCCGGGCGGGCUGUUCAUGGCCUACGCACCUCUGCUGAUCAGCUUCAUACCCAGCCCGGCCAGGUUGCUGUGUCUGAUGGACCCGCUGCUGCCGUUCGGGUUCAUGAUGCGGUGUCUUAAAGCGUACGCAAGUCCGACGCCGCAAGGCCACCCGCCCGGUGGUAUUGAGAAGCGGAUCACGGACAAGGAACAGUCGCUGAUGUCCGCCGCCACCACGCCCGGUGAGAGCAACGGGUUCCUGAAGAUUAGCGCUUCGCAGGCGUCAAUGAGCGUAGAGCUGGGCUCUUUCUCCGAAGUGUCCACAUCAGAGCUGGGCGAGCUGCAAGCUCACAAGUCCGGCAGCGAGCGACGCCAGUCGUCCGACACCACCGUGUCCGCCGAGCUGCAGUCGGAACACACCGCCACCGGUUUUUCACCGAACGAGGAAAUGUCUCAGAAGUGCGUAUCAGAUUUCCUAGAGAAGUAUGUAUUGGAGAGCGACACCGAGUCGGCCAAGCCCAGCCAACGCCGGGAUCAAUCUCAAAGGGAAGGCGAGUCUGAGACGUCGAGCACUCUAGUGGGAGAGCCGCCAUUGUUGCAAGACACCGUCACAGAUCACAAGGAACGGAAGAGGAUAAAAACACGGAUAAGCGAAGCUGCAACGGGCAUAAUGGGCGCCAUGUCAUCCCGGUUCGCCUACAUCACUGGAUCCAACAACAUCACGAGACCUACUAUUGAUGAGCUAGCAGCCCGCACGAACCUGGACGCGCUGAUAGUGCGCAGUCCGUCAGACGAGUUCAUAUUCUCGGUGCCGCGCGACCCGUACCUUUCGCCGUACUGGGCCGAUGAUGAGUUGUUGAAGAAGUUCCCGCCUGUUAGAAUACUGACGGUGCACCUGGACCCGUGUCUCGACGACUGCGUGAUGUUCGCGCGCAAGCUGCGGCGGCUCGGCGCGGCGGUCUCGCUGGACGUGCUCGAGGGACUGCCGCACGGCUUCCUCAACUUCUCACUGAUGGCGAAAGAAGCUAACGAAGGUUCAAAACUAUGUGUACAAAGAAUCAAAGAACUACUGGACCUCGAGGCCGAAGCACCAACAGCGAACGAAAACACAAAGUUAUGAAUGUGCGGCAUUCCUUGCUUCACUUAAACCUUAAAGUGUUGGACGUUGAAGUGGCAAUAUUGCUUGGUGUUGAAGUGUAGGAGAACUUUAAGUGGACGCUAUACCUAAAAGAUGAAGUGUUUAGAAGUUUAUUGGGAAAAAUAUAUGCUACAGUUAUUUGCCCCUUGUCAAUGGAUUUGUUAACGCGAGUUGGCCAGUGAUGAAAGUUGCUCAGUAUAUCGGGUACAAUGACCUGGCAACGGUAAUGUCACUGAUCAAAGUUCACCCCUAAUAAUAAUGAGGACGUCAUCCAAAUAAGAAGUGUGCGACUGAAGUUUGUCUGUACUUGUUGAAUUAAUAUUUUUAAAUCAAUCUAUCGAUAAUAGGUAUAUUUGCCAAUAUGAUAGGCAUAUACUUACUUGAAUAUUGGAAACUGAAAAUAUGUACCUAUUUGUGGAAUAAUUAAUCGUGGUGACGCUAUACUGGCUUUUUUGAUGUGCUGUUGGGGAAAAUUGUUGUUUUUGUAUAUGUAUAUUUAUUAUUGAGAAUUGAUUGCGAAUCAGUGACAAAUCAAAUGUUGUUAGUUUUAUAUGUUGAGAUAUACUUAUUGUGAGUUGUUAAAAGCUCUGAAAGUAUGAGAUUUAUCAUUGUUUUAAUACUUUCGUGUUUACGGUAGUGGAUAAAAUUUGGUAGAAGUUUGUUUUAUUCCAGAUUUAAUCUGACUUAGGAAUGUUUCUGUUUUAAAAAAUAAUUAAGUCGAUUAUCUUCUCUCAAAAAAACUUAAUGGAUUUGAUAAUAAUAUGCUCAAUAUGGUACAUUGAAGUAUUAAUAAAUUAAAGAAACAUACAUUUACUGGCUAUAAAUACAUCGCAUUUAGAAUUUUAGAUAAAGAUACGUUACGUUACUAAUAGAAAUAUGUGGUAGGUAGACUAUUACGUUAUUUGGACAUCACAAGUUAUUGAUAUUAUUAAUAAUAAUAAUAAAUCAUACUGUAUCAAAUCACUACUUAUAACUAUGAUACAUUUAGCUAUUCAUCACAAGUUUGGUUUUUAAAACUAAAAUCUUGAAUACUCAUAUCGCGAUAGUCACGCUAACAAAAUCUACAGUUAGUUAUAGUUUUUAAAUCACGUGUAUAGAAAUGUACUUACUUAAUUUAUUUCAUGCAGAUUGGAAGAAUAUAAAUGGGGCAGCUCUUGAACGACAUCAAAUGUUCUAAAGACAGUGUUCUAAAUUUAAUGUCCAUGAACAGAAAAUAAUAAUAAUUUUAUGAACUAGGUAUUUUUAUUUUCAACCAACUGCUAUAUCGAAUACAUGUCCAUGACAUUUUAUUAAAAUUUACAGGACGCUAACGCUAUAUAUUUUUUUAAUAUACGAUAUAAUAUUUUAUAUAGACGACCGAAUGGCGUAGUGGUUAGUGACUGACUGACUACUG